AUGGUCAUGAUCAAAGUCAAGUUCAACAAUGACAAUGACGGCGACAAGAAUUGUGGCCGAGAAUAUCCGAUCGAAGUCCUCAAGUUAAGCUCCGUGCUGAGAGACAGUAUGGAGUUUGCUACCGACGGGGUCAUCAAUUUACCGGAGAAACGCCACGUCAUGGAGGCGAUUCUGGACUUCAUGCAAACCGCUUACGACAGCCCUACCGACACCACGAAAUUAAAUCCGGUAUCGCAUGGCAUCGUCGUCGAUUUUGUCGCUCUGGCCGAUAAAUACGACGUUACUGGUACCGUGCACAAUGCCCUCUCACUUGCUAUAAUCAGGGCGCUACAUGACAGCAACCAAUCCGACUCCAACUACGACUGCCUCGUAUACGCCUUUCGAGCCAGGGACGCUUGGCUUUGCCAGUAUGUGAUCCGUCAUCUCAGACUCAACGAUCCUGCCGAUUGGGAGUGGCGCUCGGUCGAAGUAUUGGGCUUCAAGGCCUGGCAUUGUCUAGUCAAGGCAUACCCUCGCGUCUCUGGUAUGGGGGUGAAAGUGAAGUGGGAGUGUACUGCCGAACAAAUCGAUUUCAAAACCUUUUUUUAAGGAUUUCCCCGCCACACCAGGUACGCCUGGUCUUUAUGUUCUCAGCGAUCCGGUAGUGACAAUCGCUGACGUCUGAUUUAGGCUCGGAUCGGUCGCGUUAGCUACACCGACAUCCGCCUAUUACAGCACGUCUUCCCGGAAGCCAUAGCGCUAGUAUCGACUAGACAAUUGUGGUUUUGAGAUCCAUCACGUUUCCUCAACCAUUACCCGUGAUCGA